AAAUGUGGAACAGACCUAUACCAUACAUUCCGCGAUGUCAAAUACUGUUUAUUGUUCCGUGUUUGUAUAUAUUUUACGGCACAUUUAUAUGCAUACCAUAUGCAACACACUUGCUUUUGAAAAAGCAAAGGACCUUGAGACCGGUGUCGCGCAUACUCAUCGCCGAAUCAGUGAGUUACCAUGCUACAUAUUACCUCCAUCUACAGGUCGUGCUAUUCAUUUUAUACUGGAACAACAUUUCACAGAUUGUGUGCGAACUAGCAGGCGAAAAUCCUCUGUAUGAUCAAAUUUUACCUUCCUCAUCGAUGUUGUAUAUUUUGACUUCCAGUGAACUCAGCAACAGUACUAUUGCCGUGACAGCGAAUCCGGCCUCCUUGCAAUCGUCUGUCGUCACCGAUUGGCAAGCCGAUGCGAUCAAGAUCACAGAUAUCAUCGACUUGUGUGGGCUCAUCUUACUGCUUGUCUUGAGCACAAACUCAGAACGCAUGAUCCAGUACAAAAAGCUCAUAAAAAAGAUAUCACCACUUCAACAUACUUCUAAAGUGGUAGGUGGACGAACGCACUUAUGUCGGAAAGCCAAAGAAAUCGACGCCAAGCUGUCGUCCGAGCUUGAUACCACAUUGGGUAGCGAGAAGUGCGUUGCUGAGGUACAGCCCAAUAUAUCUGAGCAACCUGGUGGACCAAAGUUUCCAUCACCCGAGGAAUAUGCUUCUUUCCUCUCUCGUACGCUAUUUACCUGGUUUACGAGCCUGAUUAUUCGUGGUUAUCGUAAACCUCUGGAACUGAUCGAUCUGUGGAAACUGGAUGAAAAACACUGCGCACAACAUGUGUCCGACAAAUUCUUCCGAAACCUUGACGCACUCCUGAUUCCUAAGAAGACAGUAAAUUAUUACAUAAAAUGUCAACUGUUCUUCCAGUCGGCUGAAUACAUUGGACGACAGACGCCAAUCAACACAGAGCGCUGCUCUUCCACUUCAUCUAACAACCGCCGUGCAAGUGACGGGGCAGCUUUACAAGGGAGUUUUCGGUCGAAGCAACGCCUGUCCUCGACCUUUGCCAAGAGUAUACCAGACAUGAUGGGUGGCGUGCCCAUCUCACGACCUAAUAAAUCAGGUCAGCUCUCCCCACAAUUAGAAGAGGAAGGCUCGGGGUCCCUGGGUAAUCGUGAAUCUGUGUCCACCCCCGAUGGCAUUGCUAACCAGUUUCGUGCGUAUGAUUCACGACAGAAUGGAGCGGUGCCAGUUAACCAGGAACCCGAUACAGUGGUCCCGGGCGUUUGCGUUGUAGGCCCUCAAAGGCACGCUUCCACACGCCGUUCAGUCCGUAUCCGCGUGGGAACGAAACCUGCAUUCGUUCCCGGGCAAUCGGAAAGUCGCAGUGAUUCAGUGGUAACACAAACUGCCGAAGAUAUGGUACGUUCUCUCGAACUUUCCAGCUCGCCGUUCAUAUAUACCGUAGACAAUCAACCCAUAGACUGCAACCUGUCACGAUCGUCUUUGGGGUCUUUGAAUCUCGGCAAGAGCAAGAAAGAGAAUACUACUUCGGGCUCACAAACCAGAGCCAAGAAAAGCCGAGAUCUGUCUUCCACCUUUCAAGCCAACAAGCGUUCAUCGGAGGUCACUCCGACCAAAGCAGAACAUCAUCAUAAGUGUUUCUGCCUUUGCCGCUUCUUUCGUUGUUGCACUAGUUCUGGUUGGAGUCUGAUGAAUUCAAUAAUGCUAACCUACUGGAAACCCCUACUUUGGACUGGUUUCAUGAAGCUACUCCAUGAUACUCUAUUGUUUGUCAAUCCCCUUCUGUUGAAAUUUCUGUUGAACUUUAUGCAGCGUAAAGAAGCAGAACCUGUCUGGCAUGGGUAUUGUUAUGCAUCCGGCAUGUUCGUAGUUGCGGCUGUACAAACUUUGGUGCUACAGAACUACUUUCGUGAAGUAAAUAUUCUCGGAAUGCACUUGCGUACUGCUCUGACAUGUGCGGUCUAUCGUAAGAGCCUUCGUCUAAGCAACAGGGCUCGCCAGGAGUCCACUACUGGCCAGAUUAUGAAUAUCAUUUCAUCGGACGUGCAGCAGUUUGUUCAACUUAUGCCUUAUCUGCACAUCGCUUGGUCUGGUCCGUUUCAAAUCGCGGUCGCUAUCAUAUUUCUGUGGCACGAACUGGGACUGGCUGUACUCGCCGGCAUUGGCGUUCUACUGCUACUUCUGCCAAUGAAUGCAUUGAUGGCCCGUCUCUCCAAAAAGGUUCAGGAGAAAAAGUACAAAGUGGCCGAUUCGCGUAUCAAGACGAUUACCGAAGUACUAAAUGGAAUAAGAGUGAUCAAAUUAUAUGCGUGGGAGCCUUCUUUCGCCGACGAAGUUAGUCGAUUACGAGGGGAAGAAAUGCGAUAUCUUCGAAAGUUUACCUAUGUGCAAUCAAUAUCUUUCUUGUGGAAUUGUGUUCCAUUUCUCGUUGGCUUGUCCAGUUUCGGCGUGUACAUAUUCCUCGCAGAAGGUGGUGUACUGGACGCUCAAAAAGCCUUCGUUUCAACCAGCCUGUUCAAUAUCCUUCGGUUUCCACUUUUCAUGUUCCCAAUGGUAACCAGUAACCUGGUUCAAACCUACGUGUCACUUCGUCGCAUCGGCAGAUUCUUACGACGCACUGAAGUCGAUCCCAAUUCAUGUUCACAUGAAGAUACUCCUGGAGUUGCAGCAGUAAUCGAGCGUGGUGUACUCGGUUGGGAUCCCGAAGGCGAACCUAUCCUACAAAAUAUUUCUAUUCAGUUCCCUGAGGGUCAGUUAACCUCCAUAAUGGGUAAGGUUGGAUCUGGUAAAUCGAGCCUACUGCAAGCUCUCCUGGGUGAAAUGGAGCUCUUCAACGGCCGCGUGAACGUAAAAGGAUCAGUAGCAUAUGUGCCGCAGCAACCUUGGAUUUUCAACGCCACGCUGAGAGAUAACAUCCUGUUUCACAAGCCCUAUAACCCGGUUCGAUAUGCAAAGGUUAUCCAGGCUUGCUCUCUUGUGCCAGACUUGGAAAUCCUGCCCAACGGUGAUUUGACAGAAAUUGGUGACAAGGGAAUCAAUUUGUCUGGUGGUCAGAAACAACGUGUGAGCCUAGCCAGGGCAUGUUAUGCCGAUGCAGACAUCUAUCUGUUGGAUGAUCCCCUUUCGGCCGUUGAUGCCCACGUUGGACUACACAUACUGAAUGAAGUGUUAAGCAGAUCUAAGGGCCUGUUGUCUAAUAAGACAUGCAUUCUGACCACGCACAGUUCCAAAGCCCUGGCGUUCUCCGACCGAGUGGGCCUUCUGUCUGACGGGCAGGUUGUCGAACUGGGAACCUACCGGCAGCUGGUACGCUCGCGGCAUGGUCGACUGAAUGAGUUUCUAUCAACCACGUCCGACCAAGAUUCGGAAACCAAUAACACCCAAAUGACGACAGACGGCACACCAGAGAAACCGGGUCAAUCCAACUCAAAUGCGCUGGCACACAGCCGAGGACAGACGGGUGGAGCUGCAAAGCCUCUUGAUCAGUCUAGUACUGCCGGUCAACAAACUGUAUCAAAUAAUCCGGAAGGAGUGCGAGAUCGUCGACACAAUUCAGGUUGUAGUAUGAGUUCAUCCGUGGAGUCACUGCUGACAAGAGUACGCCAAUCCGAGAGGCAGCCCAGCUUAUCUUCUUCAAUUGAACUGCCCACGUACGAUCUGCUAGAUUCGCCUGCGAUUGUGGACCCCGAUGGGGAUGAGAAUCAGAAUGCUUCUGUAAAUCGCGAUUAUGUUCCCGAGAAAUCCGACAAAUUAGCCAAGGCUCAAAUAAUCCAGCCAGAACAGGCACAUACCGGAAGAAAUGCUUCUGUAAAUCGCGAUUAUGUUCCCGAGAAAUCCGACAAAUUAGCCAAGGCUCAAAUAAUCCAGCCAGAACAGGCACAUACCGGAAGAGUGAAAUGGUCAGUUUUCAAAAUAUACCUUCGUAAUGUGGGUCUGCGAUACAGCCUGCUCAUCCUGAUUUCGUUUCCACUGAAUCAACUGGCUUCAUUUGGUACCAGUUUGUGGUUGGCUGAUUGGUCUGAGGAUGCCACAACACAACUGAAUUUGACAGAAUUCUUGAAAGCCAAUCCGGAUGCACUGCGGAAUACGAGUGCCUAUCCAGGCCUAGACCAGCAAUUGACUGAAUUCUAUGCACAGAGGGACUAUCGGCUUGGUAUAUAUGGCGCGCUGGGCUUAGCUCAAGUGGUCGCCUCCUGGGUGUCUGUUGUUGCAUUCGCUUGUGGACAUUUGGCCUGCGCACAAAAGUUGCAUGACCUUCUGCUUGCUGGAGUACUUCAUGCUCCAGGUGGUUUUUUCGACUCGGUUCCACAGGGACGCAUUGUUAAUCGGUUCUCUGCGGAUAUCGCCACCCUCGACCAUCCCCUGUUGAAUUCUAUGAGAAGUUGUUUUGGUUGUAUGCUUCAGUGCUUGAAUACAGUAUUGCUUACUACCAGCGUCAGCCCGUGGAUUAUCAUCCCAAUGGCUUGUCUGACUGCAGUGUACUGUUUACUCCAGUUAGCUAUCUCCUUGUCAGCCAUAGUUUUCCAACUGGAAAUGUAUAGUGUAGUUCUAAUGUCCACAUACACGCCCGUGUUCCACAGGCUAACUGAAGGCUGUAAGUUUCGUUCAUCACAUGGUCUCAUUCAUCCUUACCGUCAUUUCCUUUUCUACGUUAAGAAUGUUUACGUGACAAACUCACGACAACUGAAGCGGAUCGAGUCUGUCUACCGGUCACCCAUUUUCUCGCACUUUUCCGAAACCCUGCUUGGGGCGGAUAACAUACGAGCCUACGGCCGAACAGAAGACUACAACAAAAUCAAUUCUAGUCGACUUGAUACGGGAAAUGCAGCUUCCUAUUUCAACUUGAUUGCACAAAGGUGGCUGGCCGUUCUGCUGGAGACCAUUGGCAACCUUAUAAUCUUUUCUGUGGCUUUGUUCAGCGUGAUCACCCGGGAUCAUCUGUCUGCCGGUUUAUCUGGGCUGGUGAUCAGCUAUGCAAUCAAUUUGAACCAAACUUUGAACUGGUUUGUCAGAAUGACAGCAGACCUGGAAAACGAUAUAGUUUGCGUGGAACGUAUAAACGAAUACGCAAACAUCGAGCAAGAAGCUGAGUGGGAGAUACCUGAUCGAAAGCCUUCUGCUAACUGGCCAGCUGGUCGGGUUGAAUUUAUCAACUACAGUACCCGGUAUCGAUCCGAUUUGGACUUAGUACUUAAUUCGAUCAACCUUACCAUCAACCCCGGUGAACGUGUGGGAAUUGCUGGAAGAACCGGUUCGGGGAAAUCGUCUCUUGUGAUGGGUUUGUUCCGCAUGCUCGAGGCAGCUGAAGGCCGGAUAAUCAUUGACGGAAUAGACAUAUCCGAAAUCGGUUUGCAUGACUUGCGCCGGAGGUUGACACUGAUACCUCAGGAUCCCGUUCUAUUUUCGGGCACGCUACGUUUCAACCUGGAUCCAUUCAAAACGCACACCGAUGCAGAACUGUGGAAUGCACUGGAGCAUGCUAAUCUGAAACCAUUUGUCGUAGAGGCUAGUGGUGGUUUGGGGCUGGACAUGAUCAUCUCAGAAGGAGGAGCAAACAUCAGUUUGGGUCAGAGGCAGUUGGUUUGCCUUGCACGUGCUCUCCUGCGCCGAACUCCUAUCCUCGUCCUUGAUGAAGCCACCGCAGCAGUCGACCCAGUCACUGACAGCCUGAUCCAGAAAACAAUUCGUACAGAGUUUGCCCACUGCACCGUGUUGACAAUCGCUCAUCGGUUGAAUACUAUAAUGGACUAUAACAGCAGAAUUUGCUGCUUCGUGGUAGAAUGCCCCUUUUCUUUUGCAAAAAAUCACCGUGAAUAUAAGGUGAGGCCUCUUUUAAUGAAAAUGGCAAAGGUCAUUGGCAGCCUUCGGAACCAGGGAGCCAAUGUCAGAUUUAACUGUACCGAUUUUUUUGAACUCUUCAUUUGCGAAACCAGUCGUGGUACAGUUUUGGAACAAGAGCUCUCUGGUAAUAUCGGUACCUCAGUGUCCGAACUGGUGGAUUCAUGUUACUGGAUUAACUAG